GUGUGUACUCUUUCCCCAGUCGACCCGGUUGGGUUCAUUCAUCUCUCUCUCUUCCCCAAGAGCGCCCCUUCUGCGUGAUUUCUGUUUCUCUUCUUCACGCUCUCUCUCUAAAAUUCCCCAAUUGCUUUCGGUGACGCUCUCAUGCUUUAAACGCUGCGUUAAACGAAACAAAAUACACCAAAAAAAGCUGAAGCUGAACCCUUUUCGUUUUGAAAACAGAACGAUUAAUGGAAAUGGGUUUAUCUGGGACGAUGACGAAUCAAGGAUCAAACUUUCGGAAAUUUGAGAUUGAUUCAUCACCACCCUCAUCAUCAUCAUCCUCUGAUCAUCAGUUUCACUCAAUGAAUGCGCUUGAGAUCUUGAGAGAAACCGUACGAAUCCUCCGGUAUAAUCUCGGUGCUUUCAUGUUAAUCGCACUUCUUUUAAUCUGCCCUGUUUCAGCUAUUCUGUUACCUAACCUUUUAGUUGAUCAAUCCGUUGUGAAUUCACUCACUGUGAGGCUUCUCUUAGUUUCGAAAUCGAGUGGUCUUCCUUUGUUGCCUUUUGUGAGAAACUCUUGUCAGAAAUUCUCUGAGACUGCUGUUUCAUCUGCCAUGUGUUUCCCAUUGUUCAUCACUCUCUCGUUAUUGUCUAGAGCUGCUGUGGUUUACUCUGUGGAUUGCACUUACUCUAGGAAAAAAGUUGUCAUGUCCAAGUUUGUGGUGAUAAUGCAGAGACUAUGGAAACGUCUUGUGAUCACUUACUUGUGGAUUUGUACUGUGAUUGUUGUUUGUCUCACUUCCUUCUGUGUGUUUCUUGUCGCUGUGUGUAGCUCGUUUUAUGUUCUUGGAUUCUCUCCUGAUUUUAAUGCUUACGGAGCUAUCUUAGUUGGUUUGGUGUUCUCAGUAGUGUUUGCUAAUGUUAUCAUUAUCUGCAACACCACGAUUGUGAUUUCGAUUCUUGAAGAUGUUUCCGGGCCAGAAGCGUUGUUGAGAGCGAGUGAUUUGAUUAAAGGGCAGACUCAGGUUGGUUUGUUGAUAUUUCUAGGAUCGACAAUAGGAUUGACGUUUGUGGAAGGGUUGUUUGAGCAUAGAGUGAAGAGUUUGAGUUAUGGAGAUGGGUCUUCGAGGUUAUGGGAAGGUCCACUUCUUGUGGUGAUGUAUUCGUUUGUGGUGCUUAUUGAUACAAUGAUGAGUGCUGUGUUCUAUUUUAGUUGUCGGUCUUAUAGUAUGGAAGCUGUUGAAGCUUUGGAAGCUUCUGGAGAAAUCGUGUCCCAAGAUUUAUCUCUUCUUUAAGAUUUUUUGUUUUCAAGUUUCAGAACAUUGAGAAUCUAAAGACAAUGCAAAGGAAGGGUUUCAAAAGAGUUAGUUGAAUUGGAUCACAAGUAAAUUUGAGAGGCCAUGUAUAUGAAAGGAGUUUUUUAGUUGAGCAUUCUUUAUUUAUUCUGGGCUUUCUUUAGUUUAGGUUGCUCUUUACAUUUUGAGAUUGUCACAUUAUGGGACUCACAUAUCGUAGACGGCGGCACAUGUCAUUCGUAUUUGGUCUUAUUUUGUUAAUAAUCAAUAUAAAAUGUUCAUCUCUCUCUAUCUUUGUGCAAGUUGAACAAUCUUUAUUCUUUGGAAAUGAGAGUUAUGGUUAAUCACUGUUAAGUGGACUUAGUUUAUGGAAUAGUUCUCAUGUA